GUACAUGUUUCCACCGCAAAAAGCAUCGCAAACCGAAGCUGCCAAGUUCUGUGCAAAGCAGGGAAUGCAAAUCUGCUCGAUCGACACUGUUGCCGAGCAGAAGCAAGUCGACGAGUACCUGGGCUACAUUGGCCUCUCGUCGGAAGUGGUUUUUUCUUCCUUGAAUUUAGCUAGUAUCACGAAAACGCCGGUCUGGGGAAAAGGAAAAUCACCACUCGGAGCUGGAAAGUGCCACGUCCUCUACAAAAAGGCGUUCUACAACUCCUCGUGCGCGCAAAAAUCGCACUUUGCAUGCGAGGAGAGCGACAAGCCGACCAAGAAACCGUCCAUUUUAGACCUUCUUCCCAUAGAUGAUGCAAUUUUGAACUUUAUUGGUGGAAAAAAUUAUCUGGUUCCUUCAGAAAAAGCAAAUUAUCCGCAAGCACAAGAUUUGUGUACAAGACAGGGGAUGGAAUUGAUGUCUUUGGAGUCGUUAGCGGAAACGUCGCUGGUUCAAGAUUUGCUCGGCGACCUUGGUGUGUCGGCGACGUCGAUGAUGACCUCCCUGAAGAAAAUGUCAGGCGGUUCAUAUAGCUGGUUGAGUGGAGCGGCCGCCAGCGUCCUCAAGUGGGCCCCAAACCAGCCAGUGGCCUCCGGGGGCGAAUGCGCCGCUCUCGACAGCCUCGGCCUCAAAGGCGUCUCCUGCGACUCUGUAAGCAACUUCGUGUGCGAAUCCCCGGGUCCAAACUCGUUUCAAGCAGUAACCACGACGGAAAAAAAUGCUAUCUUAAAGCUCUUGCCAUUGGCAGAUGCUGUUCCAGUGAAGAUCGGUAAUGGAGAAUAUCUUCUGCCGAGUGAGAAGGCUGAUCAAGCCGGCGCCAGCAAACUCUGUGGGACAAAAGGAAUGAGCCUGAUGUCUUUAGACUCUUUGGCGGAGACUGAUUUAAUCCAGGACUACCUAAAUUCCGUUGGUAUGACAGCGUCCUCGGUUUUGACCUCUCUCAAGAGGGUAUCAGGUGGAGACUGGCUGAGCAGUUUCUCAUCCGCUUCCUUGCCCUGGCUCCCCGAACCCCCGGGGGGCACGAAAGGCAAGGAUUGCGCCGGCCUCUCCGUUCUCGGUUUGAGUCCCAUUUCCUGUGACGACCUGUCAAAUUUUGUGUGCGAAGCGCCAACAAACUCAAAACCAGAGCUUUCCACAACGCUAAAUUACGCUGAUUAUGAUGCUGUCACUGAGUCACUGUCUCUGCACAUGGUGCAAUUCCAGGAUAAGACUCUAACGUUCAUGAAUCAACAGGCAAAUCAAGACCAAGCGGAAAAAGCUUGCAGUGACAUAAAUGAAAGUUUAGUAACCAUUGAGAGCUUCGAAGAGCACUUAGCCAUUCUGCGAGAAAUGGCAUUAAACGGCUUAUCAGAUAAAACAUUCCUCACGUCUCUGAAGCGCAAAAUCGUGGAAACCCCCGAUGGUGAGGUGCUUGAGGUGUUUUCAUGGCUGUUCAAUCGACCUCUCGUGCCACCACACGUCGGAUGGACAGCCGAGCCGACAGGAGACAAUGCAUGCGGCGCGUACCAAGGAGGCACUUUCGUCACUGUCGACUGUUUGGGCAGCCACAACUUCAUUUGUGAAUUCCCUCCACCUGAUUCGCAACCACAACCAGCAGAACCUGAACCACUACCACCACCAGCAGCACCUUAUCCGUACCCGCCAGCAGCAGCACCUGAUCCGCAACCACCAGCACCAGCACCUGAACCGCGGCCGCCACAAACUGCAGACACUCUACUGACGGAACAAGCAGCAACACCUCCUCUGGAACUACAGCAAUCAAUAACAACACCAUCGGCAGACACAACGCUAGAUAUUGCGACAAAUGAUACUCUCUACAUGACCGACACUGAAUUGGUCACGAAUGUUGUGACCGAUGUAACUGCCGGCUUCUCUGGUGAUUUAACCGCAGCAGAUACGACGACCACAAGGCAUUAAAAAUUUAAAGCAAUUAUAAUGUUCUCAUUUUUAAAUUCUAAACUUUUUUCAUAGUUCUGGUGUAACAACAACGGCUGCGCCGUACACCUCUGCAAGUGAUGCUGGAAAUAGAACAUCGAUAACAUCUGUUAAUGAGCCUAGCACCACUACAGCCAAAGCCUCAUUUAUCACCAUAGUGGACCCAGUAAUGAAAGAUAUCAACAACAUGAAUGCAAGCAAUCUCGCAUUGGGGGGCUAGUUUAUUGUGGAUAAAAUAAACAAAAAUCAGUUUUAGAUCAAUAAAGAUUUAAAUAUAAAUUAAAUUUUCAAUCAGUUAAUAUUAUUGAGAAUUUUUAUUGGGUCACAUAAAACUCAGAAUUUGUUUGCCAUGAU